UUUAUCGACAGUGAAAACAAGAUAUUAUCUAUGCCUAUGCUUAGCUAUGUGACCAUUCCUUUGUCAACUCCAAUAAUAUGUCUAUGGAAUAUCAGAUGCCAAUCUCUGUCGUCAAGAUAGUAGUAUCACAAUGCAGCAAGAACAAGAAACAUAGUCUGUAGAUACCCGAAACGAACCACUCAACGCCCUAACAACCUAGUCCAUGCUUUUGUCAUUCCUAAUAGUUUGUACAGUAAUUCAGAGAACAGCUUCAGCUAUAAUCAGGAUAGACAAUAUGGGCAUCCUUAACCUUCUCAACCACCCGCGCAGGAUUCCCCCAUGCAACACUGAAUGGAGGAAUAUCUCUGGUAACAACAGAGCCGGCGCCAAUAGUACAGCCUUUCCCGAUCGUCACACCUGGGUUGAUAAUCACUCCAGCUGCAAUCCAGCAGUCAUCUCCAAUGGUAACGGGCCGAGUAUAGACAAUACCAUCUCGGCGAGAUUGAAUCUCUUUGUAGUGCAGGUCAGUGACGAUUAGGACAUUAGGGCCAAUAAAUGUCCGGUUACCGAUAGUCACGAAGCCGCU